GUAAUAAUAUCAAUCGCGCGUUGAAUAGGAAUACAUUCUCCGUGCUCGCGAUGCACUUCGUGCAUCUUUCUUCGGCACUUCUUGCCCACACUACGCGUACUCGAUAUCUUCGGGCGGUCUGUAACCUAUGAAAUGAACAAAGACCCUGAUGACCAACAUAAUCCACUUGAUAAUGCUAAGCCCCGAACCCCCAACAGCGCAACUGAUAACUCCCCUUACAAAACAAACACACAUGACGUCAACUCGCUCGCACUCGUGGCUUGUAAAUCCAGAUAGGGUUCCUUCUUUCACUUCAGCAGCAUAUUAAGUUUUCCUUCUAGUACAAAUAUUUAAAAAAGCCAUAUAAUAAAUAACUUAUUAACCUCUCGCGCUCGGUUAAUAAUUAGAUUGGAAGCAAGAUUUCAGGACUUUUUAAAUAUUUUUUGGGUAACUUCUGCGCUUCAGUAAAGCAAAACAAAAAAUGGAAAAAUAAGAAAUGAGUAAUUAAACGCAAAACUAGAUUUCAAAACAAGUCCCAAGGGGGUAAAUAUGUGCGAUUUCCAGAUGGAAAUCUACUACAUAGAAGGGUCGAUACAUACUUGAAGGAUGUCCUUAGGAGCAUUUUUAUCAUGGUGAAUUUAAAACGUAAUACAAAAAUGGAAAAGUAGAACUAGUUUUGCUACAAACCGUGCUUUUUUGCAGUUAUAAUUGGCAAACUAUAUUAUUUUCCUGUCUUUGAUUAUCUAAAGUUAAUUGUAUCAUCUCCCAGCGUGGUUUCUUUACACAGAAGAUGGAUCCCAUUAGGUGAAUCACUUUACUCAUGACAUACGAAGACACAGAGCUAAGAGACAUGCUUCUCUUCCUUUGCGUUGUCGUUUUCCCUCUAACAUCGGCCAUUCAGAAAACAAGGAACUCCAUGUUUGGCCACUCGCUCCUUGCAUCUCCCUACGACGAGACGGGUGUUGGAGAGCUUUGGGAAUGCUACAAACUCUGCUAUGACGACAAAGAAAACUGCGCCAGCAUCAAUUACGACAUGAAAAAAAGGAGAUGCAAACGUAUGAAGUUUUCACACAUAAACCUGCCUCGCAAACUCGUGAAAAUGGACAACUCUGUUUACGCGGAUAUAAGAGAUGGUUGUGCCAACAAACCCCAUCCUCUGGGGAUGGAAGAUGGCAGUAUUCCAGACUCAAGUAUCACGGCUUCAUCAACUUGGCACUGUGGGGAAAACAAUAUCCCACUCAGGGGCUUGAGGGAUAGUGACCCCACUAAUGCUGCCCUAGCUGGUAAUUUCCAGGCACUGCUUGAAUUCCAGGUAGAUAGUGGUGACCAAAUACUGGAGCAGCACCUAGAAAAUGCACCAAGAAAUGCCACAUACAUUUCAAAGACCAUCCAGAAUCAAAUGAUAUCAACUGUUGGUGCUCAUAUUUUAAAUAAUUUAUCUCAAGAAAUGAGAGAUAGUAAAUAUUUUUCUGUAAUGGCAGAUGAAGCGGCUGAUAUAGCAAACAAAGAAAAUAUUUCUGUUGUGAUUAGAUUUCUCGACUCAACCAAAAACUUCAGAGAAGAAUUUAUUGGAAUGUAUAUUUGUAAGGAGGGAACAACAGGAGAGCCCAUCAAAGACCUUAUAACUGCAGCUGUAGUAGACUUAGGAUUGAUGAUGGAAGACUGUCGUGGCCAAUGUUAUGAUGGCGCUGGCAAUAUGGCUGGACAACUUAAUGGAGCCUCCUCGUUAAUCAGAGCAGAACAUGAGAAGGCAAUUUUUGUCCAUUGCAUGAAUCACCAGCUGAAUUUGUGUAUUGCCAAUACCUGCCAAAUACCAAAUGUCAGAAACAUGAUGGAUGUUGUGCGAAAGCUUUUUUAAUUUUUUGACAACUCUCCCAAGCGACAAGAACAUUUAGAAUUCAAGAUCAUAGAACUUUUG